UCAGUGUGAGACGAGUGAGAGCAAAGGAGGUUCUCCAUCUCUGGGACUCUCCUUUAUACCUACUCUAUCUGCAGCUGGACAGCCUGAUAAAAUGGAUAACAACUUUCACAGUGAAGGUUGAAUACAGCUGAGGGAUCACCACCAAGCAGCAAAGGACUUUCUUUCCCUGUUCCUAGAGAUCCUUGUCGUGCCACCUGUUAAGUGACUAAGUACAGGCUGAUUAUGUGCGAGGAAAACUAAUCAGUUCUUUUACAUUUGUGGAGAAGUAGGCGCGCGCUUUUGGCACCAUGGAGGACAUCUUCAAGGAUCAAGAUUUGUGGUCCUUCAAUGUGUCAUCUAGAAACUCCAGCGUCAACAAUGAAACUUACGGCGUGAACCAGACGGUGAACCCGCUGAAGCGGAAUGAAGAGGUGGCAAAAGUGGAAGUUACUGUAUUGGCCUUGGUGCUCUUCUUGGCACUCGCUGGUAACCUUUGCGUCCUUGUUGCAAUUCGCACGGCCAAGCACAGUCAAUCUCGCAUGUAUUACUUCAUGAAGCACCUCAGCAUUGCAGAUCUGGUCGUGGCUGUCUUCCAAGUACUCCCUCAACUCAUCUGGGACAUCACGUUUCGCUUUUAUGGACCAGACAUCCUGUGCAGGUUGGUGAAAUAUCUUCAGACCGUUGGGAUGUUCGCCUCCACGUACAUGCUGGUGCUGAUGUCCAUAGACAGAUGUAUGGCAAUCUGCCAGCCUCUCCGUUCUUUACACAAGAGAAAGGACCGCUGUUACGUGAUUUGUUCUUGGGCACUAAGCUUACUUUUCAGCAUCCCACAGGUUUAUAUAUUCUCCUUACGGGAGGUGGGUUCAGGAGUUUAUGACUGCUGGGGAGAUUUCGUACAGCCUUGGGGAGCGAAAGCCUACAUCACGUGGAUUAGUCUGACAAUAUACAUCAUACCAGUGGCCAUUCUGAGUGUUUGCUACGGACUGAUAAGUUUUAAAAUAUGGCAAAACUUUAAAAGGAAGACGAAGAGGGACCAGUGUAUCACUCUCACGCCCAAGGCUUCGAAAAGCAGCGCGCUCGCGCGGGUCAGCAGCGUCAAACUCAUCUCCAAGGCUAAAAUCACCACCGUUAAAAUGACCUUUGUUAUCGUCCUGGCUUAUAUAGUGUGCUGGACUCCGUUUUUCUCCGUACAGAUGUGGUCAGCAUGGGAUCCUGAAGCACCAAGGGAAGCGAUGCCCUUCAUCAUUUCCAUGUUGCUGGCCAGUCUGAACAGCUGCUGUAACCCCUGGAUCUACAUGUUUUUUGCUGGGCAUCUCUUUCAUGACCUGAAGCAGAACCUGCUGUGCUGCUCCACACUCUAUCUGAAAUCCUCUCAGUGCCGCUGUGAUCCAGAGCAAGAUUCCCGUAAGAGCAACUCCUCCACCUACGUCAUCAAAAGUACCAGCAGCCAGCGGAGUAUCACCCAGACCUCUGUCACAUAAACCAGAAAUAACUCAAAGCCAAUUUUUCAUAUUUUUGAAAUCCAGACAGGAAAGCUAAAAUAUAAACCCACACAAGACUGCAAAUGUCACCAUCAGUUUGUUUCAGCUGUGUUUUCGGUUGGGAAUUAUUCAGAAUGUCAUUUUCAUUACUCUACUUCGUUUCCUUAUCUCUGAUGACCUUGAGCAGCAGUAAUCUAUGUAUUGUGUUUCUAGACAUUACAGAAGGAAUGUCAUUCGAUUCCAGAUUGUGUUUAUGGGUCUGUUUACAUUUAGUCACACAUCGUUUGAAUUGUUAUCUGAUUGUGCAUGCGCAUUCACUUUGGCCACAUAAAUGUGUCUUGGUGCUGGGCACCAAAAUUGGCUGCACUUGAUGUGGCUCAUAAAAACAGGACGUGGCUGAAUUCGCUUUGACGAUUGUGGUACAAAAGAUAACAACGUUAAUGUGCCACAUUCUGUUUGGGGCUCACAAAACCUCCAUACGCUGACAUAGAUAUGUUUAGGAGGAGCAAAGUUUGUAUAUGUGGCCUGAAGAGCCAGAUGGAUUUACACUUGGCCGAGUCUCAAAGCGCCAGAUCGGAUAUCUGUCGCUCUUAAGUGUGUCUUAGAGUGUCCAAGUGUAAAUAGCCCUGAUAUGAUGUAAACAUGCAAAAACCAGUCAACCGUAAAGGGAUAGUUUAUCCAAAAAUGAAACUUUCAUUAUUUACAGUACUCGUCCUCAAGGCUCCUCUUCCUGAAAAAAGCAGUGAAAAGUCAAAUCAAGAGAAAAGUCAAAAUCAAGUUUGACAUAUAUUGUAUUGAAGAUGAGAGCAGGUUAUAUCAUUUUAUUGGUUAUGAGGAAGCAACUGUCACUCACUACACAAAACAGUUCGCAUAUGGGUUUGAGAUCAAGAGGUUAACAACACACAGAUGAAAACAAGAUGUUGAUGACACAUGAAGUGUUUCUUCUGAAACCUAAUGAGAAACAUGGCCAGUUGCUCUUUUUAAUGAACUUGACUUGUCAAAAGAGAGUACUUUUGUUUGUUUUGAGAAACCCAAGCACUUUUCAUUUUUGGCACAUACAUGGUUAUGUUGUUAUCACUGCUCUUUAUCAUUUUACAUGUGAACUUUACUGUCAUGCCCAAAGGACCACAUCUCUUUGCAAAAUGUUUCUGCAGUCCAUCAUGGUAAUCAAUCAUGGCAAACACCCGAUUUAUUUAUUUUUUUUUAAAAAGUGAAGGACUGAUUGUUUACUCCUUCACUUUUAUGGUUGUCUUGUAAGAGAGAGUGUUUGUAAUCGAUGUUUAUUCCAGUUACAUAUUUUGCUUAAUAUAGCUCUUAAAACUUUGAA